AUGCUUCUCAAACCCGCGACUCCCCUCACGAUCCUGCUCCUGAUCGCUUUCGUUCUCUUGCUUUUAUCCGUUAUCUCCACCCCUAUCGUCAAAGGGAUCCCGCUGGCGACGUUCGAUACCGUCGACUAUGGGGUUUUCGGCUACUGUAAAGCUGGUCACUGCACCAAUAUUCAUCUUGGCUACACUAAUGAGGACCUCUCGGACACCGGCGAUGACUUCAACCUCCCUUCUAACACCCGAAGAUCGCUUUCGUCCAUUCUAAUCGUUCAUCCGGUCGCCGCAUUUCUUACCCUAAUCUGCCUUUGUAUGGCUGCCGCAGCUCAUUUCCAUGGUCCGUCGCAUUCGCCCCGCUACCUACUCGUCUUGUUGAUCCUGCUACUUCCGACGCUUCUCGUCUCCCUCCUUGCGUUCCUCGUGGAUAUCCUGCUCUUCGUCCCUCAUUUAGGAUGGGGUGGCUGGAUUGUACUCGGCGCGACUAUCCUCCUCGUCAGCUGUGGUGUGGUUACUUGUGCGAUGCGCCGAACCCUCGUAAGUCGCAAGGCGCGAAAGAGGCGCAUCGCUGAAAACGCCGAGAUGAGUGGCGAAAACUUCUACAAUCGCCAGAAUGCCGCCGCAGCAGCCGCAGGACUAAACGAUCCGAAGCCGCUCAAUGCGGAGACAAAGGAGCCUUUCGUGACUGGAUCACCUCCCGGAUCUGACACUGGUCCCACGUUUGCGACAUUCCGGACGACAACGCACGAGAGUGAUGACGACCGCAUACCGCUGAACUCGCGAACACCACCCAACGAUUUUCCAUUACCAGACCAACCGUAUCCCACUCAGAUGCGUGAGAACGGGCCGCCAUACAACCCCUCCCGAGACGAAUUCGGAAACCCGCUUCCACCAUCUGGUCCCUACGGGCCCGGCGCUCGCAUGCGACCUGGUCCGGGUGAUCCCCGGUUGCGCAAUCAAUACUCCGAUGGUAGUAUGGGCUCACGAAGGGGACCACCCCCACCGGGUUUCGCCCCGCGUGGACGGGGUGGUUAUCCGGCUCGCGGAGGCUACGGCCGUGGGGGUCCUUAUGGUGGACCCAGAGCCCCUCCCCCCGGUGGUCGAGGUAGUCCCAUGGGCACGAUGCGAGGAGGACGAGGCGCAUAUCGAGGACCGCCACCGUUUGCUUAUGGGUCCAAUCCUGGGCCGCGACCGAUGCCGCCACCAGAGGAGGAGAGAUACGACUACGAUGUUCCGCCCAGCUCCAUGCGUCAGCCGUCUCCUGAACCAAUUGGAAUGGCCGUGUCGCCACCGGAUGGCAGCCCGGUAGGUCAGGCGAUUGAGAUGACACCGCAGCCCAGGCGAACAGGCUCGGCGGAGCCGGUGUCUCAGGAGGUCUUGCUAGACCAGCAACCACAUGCCCUGUCGGCAGAUGGCCAGCCCGAACCUGUCAGCCCUUCGAGCCUCUAUAGCCGGACAGCAUCAUAUGUUCCUCCUCGCGCUGCCUGGGAGCAGGCUGAGCGUCGCCCCGGAUAUUCACCCUCACCCGUCCAUGCCUACCGGACGGCGGAGCCUACUCACACCCCGCACCACGCUCGUUCUGAGUCAGCAGAUUACUUCGAAGAUGCCGAUCCUCGUUUUGCUAAUCGUAAUGAGCAUGCCGUGGGCAACCCACGGCUGCCCUCUGUGUUGACGCCGGGUAGUUCUGGUGAGCCGAAACUGACGGAAGAUUUGGCUGAAGGACCCAGCUCACCCACUACUAGCGAUAUAAGCCAUUUUACAUCAAUCUCAGAGCGGCCUAUCAACCCGCGCUGGCAGCCGCCUCCACUUCCGGCCCAACAGAGGCAGAACGUCUUGCUGGAGAACAACCCCGACUUUGAUUUGCGAGCGGGUAUGCGUCGAGGUGGUGCUGCUGGUGGGGUCGGAGGUCGCAUGCCACCCAUGUCGAUACCCCGAGAAGCCUCACGAUACCCUAUACCCUGA